AAUAAAUAUAAUAGCAUGCUUGCCUAUGUUACUAUUGCAGGGAUCAUUGAAGAGGUACGGGUACAGCUGAAAUCACCAAGUCUUCCAGAAGAGGUAGAAGAAGGGGUACGGGUUACCCUCAUCUGCAAGGCUAGCGGUAACCCUGAACCGGAAAUCACCUGGUACCAUGACCAAACACUGGUUACUGCUGGUUCCAACAUUGAUUUCAUUGGUAAUAAGAUGAAGAUCAAGAGCGCUACCGCCCUCGAUAGUGGUACUUAUUCCUGCCAGGCAUCCAAUGUAGCCGGUAACACACCCAGCACAGAAAAUGUCCAGUUUAAUAUUGUGGAUUCCAAUUUGCCAGUUGUUGAGGUGGCACCCGCUGAUGCUUUGCGUGUUCUAGGAGACUCUAUCGUGUUCCAUUGUCAGUUUAGUGGAGAUCCAACACCACCGGUAGAAUGGUAUUUUGUCAAAGAUGGAGAGAGUCCAUUAGCCCUUAUGAAUGACACAGAAACUGGGACAUACAUCCAAGGGAACGGAAGUCUUAGUCUUGACAAUAUAAUAGCUGAUGAUGAGGGAGUAUUUCAGUGCGUAUGUAACAGCCCUCAUGGGCGACCGCAUGCCAGUGCCAGACUGACUAUAGCAACGUUGAACCCUCUACCAGAGUUUGAAGAUCAAUUAAUCCCAGAAGGCAACACAAAGAGCAUAAACUGCUUGUAUCCAGAAGGAACAGAAUCAGGUAUUCCUGCACCGUCCAUACAUUGGCUGAAACCAAGCAUGCGUGAGGUACCUUUAGAUGAAACCAAGAGGAUACGUGUGGAAGAGGAACGAAAUCUUCUCGUCUUUGAUCCUAUCAAGAAAUCUGAUGAAGGCAACUAUACAUGUGUGUCUAGUAACAUGGCUGGUGAAACUACACAGAUACUUCAAGUUAUGGUUGCUACUGUACCAAAGAUUACCACCAAACCUAUGGAUGUCCACAUCAGAGAGAAUCAAGAGGCUACACUUCAUUGCAAUGCUACUGGUACACCAACACCAACCAUCAGCUGGACAUUUGGAAAUAAAGCUAUCUCAAAUAAGCAAGGUAUUGAUUUACUGGAUGAUGGAUCCCUUGUAAUCAACAGUGCUACAACUCGACACAAUGGGACGUAUACCUGUAGAGCUACAACAGUAGCAGGGAUAAAAACUGCAUCUGCUACCAUCUAUGUUGAAGCUAUCUUGAGGUUCAAUCCACGCCCCAUUACUGCAACGACUUUAGACCGUGGUGAGGUCAAUCGCCUUGUGUGUCAUGCUACGGCUAGUAUCCAACCACAUAUUGUCUGGUACAAGAAAGGUUUGAUUGGAUCAUGGCCAGAUCAUAUUUCUGAACCAAACCUAGGAGUUCUGGAAUUUGACCCAGCUCAAGCAAGUGAUGCUGGAACAUACAUCUGUAUUGCAUCGACUGGUCUUGAAAGGAUCAAUUCCACUGUCAGAAUUGAAGUAGUUGUGAAACCCAAGUUCAGAAUCAUCCCGAACAACACCAUAGGAUUUGAGGGCUAUCCUCUGAAGAUUGACUGCACAGCAUAUGGAGACCCUGAACCAACGAUUACCUGGAUGAGUAAACCAAUCAUCAAUUACCCUGAUCAUUUUACUCAUCUACCUAACGGUACUCUCAUCAUCCAAGAGGUUUCUGCUAAUGAUGCUGGUAGAUAUCAAUGUAUUGCUGGUAGUGAUGCGGGUCUCAAUACAACAGAGAUAACACUAUCUGUUCAAAAGGGUACACCUCCUGAUCAGCAACCAGUCCCAGCUCAGGUCAUGACCAGAACCAUAGCUAUCGCUGUCGGGUGUGCUGCAGCCUACAUCUUCCUAGUAGUUGGUCUCAUGCUGUGGUGUCGUCAGAGACGUCGGCGGUACAGACGAAAGAUGAAGAACAUGGAGAAACCCAAUGGGACAGUGGCAGGAGGAGCCAAUAAUAGGAUGUUAAAUGACUACCAUGAUGGAGAGAAUGGGAAGGUUGCUGAUGGAGAGAUAGCUUUGAAUCCUACUCCAUCUAAGAAUCAUCAAAGAGGGAGCUAUGACAAACUCCAGUUCCCAAGACAUGAUAUGCAGACCAUCACUACUAUAGGUCAUGGAGCCUACGGCGAGGUAACGCUAGCGAGGGCAGCAGGCAUCAAAGAUGGUGAGGAGGCUACUACAGUGAUGGUCAAAGCUCUACAGACCAAAGAAGAGUCAUUACAGUUAGAUUUCAGACGAGAGAUUGAGAUGUUAGGCAAGCUGAAUCAUGAGAACAUCGUGAAACUCCUGGGCGUGUGUAGGGAUAGUGAACCACAACUCAUGAUCACAGAGUAUUUAGAUUGGGGUGAUCUGAAGCAGUUCUUGCAGGCAACACGUGGUGAGAAUGGCACCAAGAACGUACCACCUCCCUUGACCCUUAGUCAGAAGAUAGACAUAGUCAACCAAGUAGCUCUAGGUAUGGAAACCCUGUCAGCCAAUCGGUUUAUCCAUGGUGAUCUAGCUGCUCGUAACUGUCUUCUAUCACCUUCAAUGGAGGUGAAGAUCUGUACCAUGUCUGUGAGUCAAGAUCUCUACCGCCCAGAGUACCAUGAGUACCACCAGAAGCUCAUCCCGGUCCGCUGGAUGCCAGCCGAAGCCAUCUUUGAGGAUGAGCUCUCUGCAAAGAGUGAUGUCUGGGCUUAUGGGAUCUUUGUAUGGGAGGUAUUCAGUCAGGGAUUGUUACCCUAUUCACAGCUGGAUAACGAUGCUGUCAUGAGAGCCAUGAUAGAUGGUGAGUUGAUGCUGGAGACACCAUCGGAUACACCAGAGGAGAUAGAGCUGAUGAUGCAUCGAUGCUGGGCUGAUAGUCCUAAAGAUCGUCAUAGCUUCUCCGAGAUCACCCACCAUCUUGGACGCAUCUCAACUGAUAGCCGUGUAUAGCUACCUACAUGCAGUACAGGUUAUUGUUAUGCAAUAUCAUCAAGGAUCUCUGAAGCCAGGUGUUCUGCAUGCGCAUCUUUCUCAUCGAGUUGAAGAAACUUGAGAAUGUUCAAUGUGCUGGCUUCUCAAUAGUCAAGCAGAAACCAACAUAGUGCUUAGUCGUGUGAACCAAGUCUGAGGACUUGAAGCUAAUAACUUUGUUUGCUUGAUAGAGCAGAAAUAAAGUUCUGUGAGGACUGCAAACCAACUAAUUGGACUCGAAAUGAUGUAUGCAAAAAUGUAAAUGAACUGUCUUAUGUUUGCAAUCCAUCCUCCUUUACAUUGUAAAGUACUAUGAAAAGGAAAGAUAUAAAGUAGAAAAAU